GUUCUCUUCUCGCUUCCAGCUGUUAUUUGUUUCAGCGAGUUGUCAUUUGUCACCGAGCCCUUGGACGUAACUACAUCUCGAGGUGAUCACGUUAUUCUAGACUGCCAGGCUCAAGGUGAGUCGCCCAUCACUGUGCGAUGGAGGAAGAAUGGUGUCCGACUCCAGGAGAGCGAGCGAGUUUGUAUCCUGUCCAACGGUUCGUUGUACAUCUCUCAUGUAAAGAGUUCAGCAGAUCAAUCAGAUGACGGCUUCUACCAAUGCUUCGUCCAAAACACGUUUGGAGCCAUACUAAGCCAAAGAGCACGUCUCACAAUCACAAGUAUUUUGUCGUUUGUUACCCAUCCUGUUUCUGUGGCGGUCACAGUCGGAUCUGUGGCCAGAUUUUCCUGUAGCGUUAUCGGCACUCCUUCAGCUGUGAUCACCUGGGAACUCAACCAAAGAUCUCUACCUCUGAACUCAGACAGAAUCACAGUUUUGCCGAAUGGAGUGCUGCAGAUCCGCGACGUGACAAUGAAGGAUGCUGGCAAUUAUCGCUGCUUAGCAACAAACAUCGGCAGUCGAGUCAAGAGUAGAGAUGCGGAGCUUAUCGUCAACCCAGCGUUGGGUCCGAGACCCCUCAUGAAACCACAGAUCAUUGCUGGACCUCAGAACAUCAGCGCCGGUCUGCAUCAGUCUGUGGUUCUGGAGUGCAUGGCAGAGGGCAACCCUCGCCCUUUAGUGUCCUGGAGCAGGGCAGACUCCAAACCGAUUGACGUGUUUGGCGCAAGAGUGCUGGGCAACGGAAACCUGAUUGUCUCUGCCGUUAAGGCCCAGCACAGUGGUACUUAUCUGUGCCGAGCGACAACACCAGGAACUCGCAACUACACUAUAGCAUCCGCCAACCUCACCGUACUAGUUCCUCCAACUCUGGUGGAGAAACCAGAGAGCCAGACUCGACCCAGAGCCGGUACCGCUCGAUUCAGCUGUCAGGCCGAGGGAACACCUGCGCCCCGCAUCACUUGGUUUAAGAACGGUCAGGUGAUCCUCUCCAAUGGGCGCACCAAGAUGUACAACAGUAAACUGGUGAUAACUCAGAUCAUUCCAGAAGAUGACACCUUUUACCAGUGCCAGGCAGAGAACUCUCAGGGUUCUGUUUUGUCCACGGCCCGACUAAUUGUGGUGCUUUCAGAGGACCGUCCCAGUGCACCACACAACGUCCACACUGAAACCAUCUCGAGCUCUGCUAUCUUGCUGGCGUGGGAGAGACCGCAGUACAAUGCGGAUAAAGUCAUUGCAUACUCUAUACACUACAUGAAAUCUGAGGGUCUAAACAACGAGGAGUAUCAGGCUGUGAUCGGCAAUGAUACAACAAGCCACAUCUUGGACGAUCUGGAGCCAGCGCGCAACUACACGUUUUAUAUCGUUGCAUACAUGCCAAUGGGUGCCAGUCGCAUGUCAGAACAAGUCACGCAACACACGCUGGAAGAUGUGCCCCUCCGUACCCCUGAGCUGAGCUUGACCAGUCGCAGUCCGACCGAUAUCCUCGUCUCCUGGCAGCCUCUUCCUAACAAACUGAGCCGUGGGCGUGUGUCUGCGUACCGCCUGUCGUACCGUACGGCUGCAGACGAGCAGAUAACAUCUGUUGAAUUGCCCAUCCUGGGUGAGAACUGCACGCAGCAUCUUCUUCAGGGUCUUCAGCCUGACACCAUCUACCUGAUCCGCAUGUCUGCGUCCACACGAGUGGGCUGGAGUCAACCAUCUGCCUGGAACUCUCAUCGCACGCCCAAAACAUCCAGCUCUAUAGUUCCUCCUGCCCCAAACCUUGAGCUUGAACCGCUUAACUGCACGUCUGUAACGGUUCGCUGGCACCCGGCUCCUAGUGACGCUGUCGUCCAGGGAUACAAACUCUCUUUUCACCCAGACGGCCAAUCAGAGGACUCUGUUAUCCAGCUGCCCCCUCAUGACCACCAGCACACCAUCGCCGGGCUCAACCCCAGAGUGAAGUACCACGUGAAAGUGUUGGCGCUCAGCGCUAACGGUGAAGGGUAUCAGGCGCAUCAAACCGUCAACACUCCAGGAUGUCCUUCUGCACCAAACCGCAGGUUGGCGAUGCUGCCUCCUCCAGACCACAUCCACGCUAAAGCUAACAGCUCGUCUGCGGUGAAUCUGGUUUGGGGUCGACCUGCUUUCAGUUCUGGAAAACACGUGAGCUAUUCUGUCCGCUACGGACCAGUGAGUCCGGCCGACACCUCAACUGUGCGUUACAUCCAAACCACUGAGCAGACGGUCACGGUGACGGGACUCCGGCCAAACACCCGUUAUGAGUUUGCUGUACGUCUUCAUAUGGAUCAGAUGUCCAGUACCUGGAGCUCGACCAUCUAUCAGAGAACUCAACUGGAAGCGCCAUCCUCCCCCCCACUGUCCGUCAGAGUCACUCUGAUAGAAGAUGAUACAGCGCUGGUGUCAUGGAAACAACCGGAUCAGCCCAACCUGUCCAUAACGCACUACACCAUCCUGUACGCAUCGCAAAACUCAUGGCUCGCCGGCGAAUGGCAGGUUCUGCAGAGAGAGGGUACAAACACUAUGGUCCUGCUGGAGAAGCUGGUGUCAGGUAACGUUUACCUGGUGAAGAUUUCGGCCUCUAACCAGGCAGGUGAUGGACCGUUCUCAACCACUGUAGAGCUUCCUGUGCACCGGGGUAAAAAUCAGCAGGGUAAAAACCCACGACAUACAGACAACCACGGCGAGAAAACAGCUUUUAUAGACAGUCUUUAUCACAUCGAUGAGAAGUCUAUGACCGGUAUCAUCAUUGGCGUGUGCAUCGCGCUGGCCUGUAUCAUCAUGUGUAUCUUUAUUCUUCUCACCAGGAGUCGGAAAUCAGCAUCCUCAAAGAUGAUUGGACAGGUGAGGAAUGAGGUCAUGCAUAGUGGUGUUUCAACAGCCAAUCAGCUCCCAGGGGAGAACACAGAGGUUCUGGUUCCGAUGUUGAGAACGCACUUCAUUGACACCAAAAUCCAGGACCGUGGUUGUCUUUAUGAAGUGGGUAAGACAGAUUUAUGUUACGAAGAAGAGCGGGCAGUCGCUUCCACGCAGGCGCCCUCCCUGCAGAUCCUCUACCGGCCACUAGGGGAGUCAGAGAGCUCGCAAACCAGCAAAGGCAGCAGAGAGAUGGGCGAUUCUGGAAACUUCUCUCAUGAUGAGGCGGAACGCAGCAGCCCGAAGAGAAGCACGUAUAGAUCUGAUGACGCUGUGUGUGAAACGUCCAUCUGUGUUGCGAGUGUCUGUGGGCGGGUUCUAGACGCUUCGCAACGGAAAUCUACCUCUGACCUGCAGUUCCUAUCGGUUCCUCUUUAGCUCACCUGUCAGUAUGUGAUGCAAGUGGGUGUGGCCCCGUGAUUCCAGGGCCGAUGAACGUGAUUUCCCUUCCACUCAGGAUUUAAUCGCUCCGAUAUUUGUGCCAAAGUCUGAAUAGAUUGAAAGUAUAAGAUAGCUUUAUUAAAUCACAGAUGUUCUGUUGGCUUUGAUAAAUUUGCACACCUUUAAAUGUUCCCAAUCACUAUCCCUUCCCGACCGGACCUGCUCCAAGAGAUUCCGAAUAUUCCAAAGAUGAAGGUCCGGGAUUCAUUGUACCCCUUUUCAUAAAACAUUUCACCUAAUGAAAAUGUUCUGUUUAAUGACAGAAAUUAUUUCACGCCAAAUGAUGAAUGUCUUGAUGAACGCCUGAUGUGCUUUACACAAACGGACGAGUGUUUGUUUGUGAAAUCGAAAGAGACGGAGUUUAUUUCUGCUGUCUCUCUACCUCAUUUUAUCUUCUACUUUGUGGUUUCUAGCUUUCUUCUGGAAUGUCAUUUUACUUUUUUUAUAUACACUGAAGAUUUUGCUAAAUAUAUAUUAGAUUUUAACUUUAAGAUUAAAGUACGCAGUAAGUUAAAGAAAAAGUUCGCCCUAAAAUUCUUUAUUUCAAAAGUAUCAGUAUUGACGCUGACUAUCACCCCU